GACGGGUGCUGUGGUCCCAGCACUGAUUUCCUUCAUUUCCUUCCUCAGCUGCACAGAAUACAGGGGCUAAUCUGUACAACCCUAGAAAGUCUGGAAGGGUGUAGGGGGGGAUAGCUUGUAACUGCUGGAAUACGGAAAAAAAAAGAUCCAGUAUGGGGGAGAGAAAGCGCCUGCAGCAGUGGAGGGUCCAGAUGAGCGCCGAGCUGGACAGGGUGAUGGACUUCUGGAUUCAGCACUCUGAGGACAAGGAAUAUGGAGGUUUCUUCACUUGCCUCGGCCGGGAGGGAGUCGUGUAUGAUCAGCUGAAAUACAUCUGGUUGCAGGGCAGACAGGUUUGGAUGUAUUGCCGUCUUUACAGGAAGGUGCCCAGGUUUCACAGAGAGGAAAUACUCAAUUCUGCCAUCUCGGGGGGUGAGUUUCUUAUUGCUCAUGCUCGCCCGUCAUCUGACUCCCUAAAAUGUGCCUUUGUGGUGACCCGUGAUGGUCAACCAGUGAAGAUCCAGCGUACCAUCUUCAGUGAGUGUUUCUUCAUCAUGGCGAUGGAUGAGCUAUGGAGGACAACUCAUAAGGAGAAGUACAAGAAAGAGGCAGUCAAGAUGAUGGAUCAGAUUGUGCACUGGGUGCGAGUAGAUUCAUCUGGUUUAGGGAGACCGGAGCUAUCUGGGGUUGAACCAGUGAACUCUAUGGCGGUGCCAAUGAUGCUGCUGAACCUGGUGGACCAGCUAUGUGAAGAUGAUGAAGAGGCAGCAAUGAAGUACGCAGAGCUGGGAACUUGGAGUGUGGAGAAGAUCCUGCAGCACCUACAGCGUGAUGGCCAGGCCAUUUUGGAGAAUGUUUCGGAAGAUGGCAAGGAGCUUCAAGGAUGCAUGGGCCGGCACCAGAACCCAGGACACGCCAUUGAGGCUGGCUGGUUUCUUUUACGUCGAGCCUUCACGAACAAUGACCAUAACUUGGGACAGACGGCUGUGGAAAAGUUUGUGCUUCUGCCGUUUCAAUCGGGAUGGGACAAGGAGUAUGGGGGACUCUUUUCUUUCCAAGAUGUAGAUGGCCAUUGCCCUACACAGCUGGAGUGGAGUAUGAAAUUGUGGUGGCCACACACAGAAGCUCUCAUAGCUUUCCUGCUUGGCUAUAUGGAAACAAGGGAUUCACGUCUGCUCGACGACUUCCAGGGGGUCUUUGAUUACGUCUUCGCCCAGUUUUCAGACCCAGAACACGGAGAGUGGUUUGGUUACUUGACUCAAGAAGGGAAGGUGGCACUCACCAUCAAAGGAGGGCCCUUUAAAGGAUGUUUCCACGUGCCUCGAUGCUUGUACAUGUGUGAAGAAAUGCUGACCAAGCUGAUAGAAGAGGAAGAUCAUGGAGCUAAAACACAAUGAGUUGUUGACAAGUUCUUUCCUUAUCUUGAUCUAAAUGAUUAAAAGCUAAUUAUCCAAGACCACCUUUUUGGUGACCACCAUUGUAAUAAAAACAAACCCUAAUUAAAUACUUUAUAUUUUAAUUAAAUAAAAAUUAAGACUUCAA